UAUCCAGAUGCAAAAGAAAGAAAAAAAAAAAAGAGUGGUUCUGCUUCACUUCAAUUUGUAGGAACAGGAUUUCCACAUUCAUUUGCAAAUUAUCAAAGCACAAUUGAGACUAAUACAUUAGAAACAAAAGAAACAUAUUAAUAACUUAAGCUAUAUUUUAACUGGGAAAAAAAAAUAUAUUUUAGUUUGAAAAGUGUUCAAUAAUUAUUAACAAUGGCCUUAAUCUCAUCUUCUCUCACUAUAUCCUUUUCAUCUAACCACUUUGAUUGCAAGGCUUCUUUUCAAUCAUCAACUUCUUCUCCACAGUGUGUGAGCCUUUCCUCACUUCCAUCACUCCCUUUGUUGUCUCAGAAUCAUGCACUGAAGACCACUCAUCAUCGAAAGAUUGCUCGUGAUGUUAUGGUAAUGGCAACAGGAGAUGCACCAACAGAAGUUGACUCAACUGAACUACCUGAGUUUGUUAAGAAUCUUCAAGAAGCUUGGGACAAAUAUGAUGAUAGAUAUGCAGUGAGUUCAUUGGUUGUAGCUAGUGUAUUUGCACUAUGGAGCUUAACUGGUUUGAUCUCGGCAAUUGAUAGGCUUCCUUUGAUUCCUGGAGUUCUUGAGUUAAUAGGAAUUGGUUACACUGGGUGGUUUGCAUACAAGAACGUAGUUUUCAAGCCAGAAAGGGAAGAACUUAUACAGAAAGUAAAGGAAACAAUUACUGCAAUAAUUGGGAGCAAUUAAAAGAAUUGGACAUUCUAAGAUGCUGUUAACAUGAUAGAGUUCUAUCUUGCAGCACUCUAUUGAAGAUUUCAUCAGCAUUCAUUUUGUAGCCAUAAGCUUUUUGACCAAACCUUAUCCCAUGUAAUUUAUUAUUUUCUUGCAAAAUAAUUGUAUCUUCUUAUAAAUAUUAAUCCAAUUUAAAACAAUCUUAUUUUCUCACUCA